AUCAGCUCAGAGAGUGCACCUGCUUACCUAAAGAUCCCUGCCAGAGACGCCAAGGGUGAAAGGCCAAAGGUGAAAGGCCGGUGGCAGGCAGCCAGUGACACCAUGUCUGUGACCAGUGGGAAGACAAGACCAUCCCUGACCCAGGAGAUCCUCAGCCACCUGGGCCUUGCCAACAAGACUGCAGCGUGGGGGACCCUGGGCACCCUCAGGACAUUCUUGAGCUUCAGCGUGGACAAGGAUGUGCAGAGGCUGCUGAGGGCAAUUGCAAGCCAAGGUGUGGACCGCAGCGCCAUUGUGGGCGUGCUGACCAAUCGGAGUAGGGAACAAAGACAGCUCAUCUCUCGAGCCUUCCAGGAGCGCACCCAACAGGACCUGGUGAAGUCCUUGCAGGCAGCACUCUCUGGCAACCUCGAGAGGAUGGUGAUGGCUUUGCUGCAGCCUGCAGCCCAUUUCGAUGCCCAGGAAUUGAGGACAGCUCUGAAGAACCCAGGUUCCACUGAGGAUGUGGCUGUGGAAAUUCUUGCUACCCGAAGCCCACCCCAGCUGCAAGAGUGCCUGACAGUCUACAAACAUAAUUUCCAGUUGGAGGUGGAGAAGGACAUCAAAUCUGAGACCAGUGGCAUCUUGCGGGACCUGCUCCUGGCCCUGGCUAAGGGGGCCCGUGAGAGCUAUUCUGGAAUCAUUGACUACAACCUGGUGGAGGACGAUGUCCAGGCAUUAAAGCAGGCUGAAGGGCCCGGCACAGAGGGCACAUGGGUCAUAAUAUUCACGCAGAGAAAUCCUGAACAUCUUGUCCGAGUGUUCGAUCAGUACCAGCGGUGCAGUGGGCACGAGCUAGAGAAGACCAUCCAGAACAUUUUCCACGGAGAUGACCAGGCGGCUCUGCUCAGCCUAGUCUCCGUGAUCAAGAACACACCGCUGUACUUUGCUGAUAAACUCCAUCAAGCCCUCCAGGUUUACUAA